AUGCAUCUACUGCGCACAUUUCCUCUUCUUGCUUCCUUGGCCGCUUAUGCUACUGGUUCAGUGGCUGUAAAACGUCAGGCUUCUUCAACGUCCUCCGCCGCUGGCUCUUCUUCCACUCUGACCCCAGAUGAUGCCGAUACAGAGUGUGAUAACACCGCUCAAAGUCGACAAUGCUGGGGAGGCGGCUUCUCGAUAGCAACUGACUUUGACAAGAAGUGGCCAGACACUGGGAAGACUGUACCAUACACACUGGAUAUAACCAACACCACCCUCAAUCCUGAUGGCACGGGUGAUCGGCUGGUUAUGUUGAUCAAUAACCAGUAUCCGGGACCAGUCAUCAGAGCUAACUGGGGAGACUGGCUCGAGAUCACGGUUAACAACAAGUUGGCUAACAACGGCACGGGUAUCCACUGGCACGGUAUUCGACAGUAUGAAACAUGUGAUCAAGACGGUGUUCCAGGUAUCACUGAAUGUCCUAUCGCACCUGGAUCUUCACGCACAUACAGAUUCCACUGCACACAAUUUGGCACUAGUUGGUAUCACAGCCAUUGGAGUGUUCAAUAUGGUGUGGGCACUCUUGGAACGCUCGUCAUUGAUGGCCCUGCUACGGACAACUACGAUGAAGAUCUUGGGCCAUUCCCAAUGACGGAUUGGUACGAUGAGACUGCUUUCUUCAACAACCCUCUGUCUCGCAUCGGUCCUCCUCAAGCUUACAACGGUCUUAUCAACGGCAUGAACAAAAGUCCCGAUGGUACCAAGGGAAAAUACUACAACGCCACCGUUCAGUCUGGCAAGAAGUACCGUCUUCGACUUAUCAACACGUCGGUGGAUAGCGCUUUCAUGGUGUCUGUUGACGGCCAUCCAUUCACAGUCAUUACUAGUGAUUUCGUGCCCGUAAAACCAUACGUUGCAGAACGUGUAUUCGUUGGUAUUGGGCAACGACUUGAUGUCAUCAUCGAGGCAAAUCAGACAGUAGGCAACUACUGGUUCCGCGCAGAUGUCCCGAAUACGGGUCUAUGCGGCAGCAAUGCAAAUCCCAAUGGUAUCAGAGCGAUCAUCCACUACAGCAAUUCAACCUUCGCAGAUCCCACGAGUACUGCUUGGGACACUACCGGAGACAAUGCAGAUCGAUGCACAGACGAGUCGUUCAACUCGAAUAAGCUUGAGCCUUACUGGGACAGUUUUGUGCCCAGCAAUCCGUUGACAGCCAGUCCCGAACUUCUCAGUGUACAGGCUCAAGAAUCCGGUGUCACUACCGACGGCGCAACGAUUUUCAGAUGGGCCAUCAACAUGACAGCUUUGAACGUGGACUGGGACAAACCGAUUCUUGAAUACGUUCAGGAGGGUAACACAAGCUAUCCUCCUUCUGAGAAUCUGAUCAACGUGCCGGACACUGACUGGACCUAUUGGGUGCUCCAAGAGAUCAGUACACCUGCUGGAGUGCCUCUGAAUCUUCCCCAUCCCAUUCACUUGCAUGGCCAUGACUUUUAUGUACUGGGUGCAAAGGAAAGCAGUGUCUACACAAACGACCAGGCUAGUGAGCUGAAUUUUGUCAAUCCUCCUCGUCGCGAUACUGCAAUGCUUCCUACUGCCGGUUGGUUGGUUCUUGCUUUUGAAACCAACAACCCUGGAGCUUGGAUUAUGCAUUGUCACAUCGCGUGGCAUGUCGCCGAUGGCUUGGCUACGCAGUUCCUCGAGACACCGAACCAAAUCACUCUUGACCCUAGCUUCAAUGAAAUCUGCUCUGCAUGGCGAGACUACUAUCCCGAGAAGGCUGUAUAUCUCAAGGACGACUCUGGUGUUUAG